AACAAAUUCUAUGGAGGCGAUUGGGCUUCGUUCAACCUAACAACUAUCGGUGAUUGGAAACCUGCGGAAGCAGAAGCGGAUAUUUCCAAGUAUAACGACAAACUUGGUGAUGGUGAAUCUCUAAUGGCGUUAGGUACGCGAAAAACUGUGCGCAAUGUGCAUCAAGAAUGGAUGCCUGCAAGUGAAUCGAUGAUGAAGGUUGAUAAGGGCGACAAUGUUGAGGAGAAGAAAGUUCGUGAAGUGGUGGAAUCGGAAUGGAGGCGAUUUAGCAUUGAUCUUGUACCGAAGGUUAGUAGACCGAAAAUUGCUUUUAGACACAGAACUGGAACCUUUCUUUACGGAUGUGCCUGUUUUUGA